AUGAUCGUAACGCUUCAUACAAUUUUCUUACUGCCGUUGGUUUAUUCACAAACCAGCGAUAUCUCUUUAAAAGACAAUCAACCCGAGAUUGAAAUGAUCACAUAUGAAAUAAAGCCAUACGUUUCUGGUAUUCGUGUAGUGAGUUUACCGAAUGAAAAUGGUUUCAUCAGUUAUACUGAAGCAGGCGAGAGUUUGAUCUAUCCGGACACGAAAGUUCGUGUUGUUUUAUUCGGUUAUCACUUGGAUAAGAUCGGCGUUAUAUCGUUGACGAUUGAUAAUUGCUUCAAUUCAUUGAUCAAUAUAACGCAUUCUGAAUUUCUUAUUCAAACUGUUAAACGUCUCGACUUUUUGGCAUAUUUUGUCGAAAAAGACCAACCAUACCGAAUAUGUUAUAAAGAAAGAAAAAGUGGUAAAGAGUCUGAAGAGGAAGAAGAAGAAGAUAUGAUAAUGAUCGAUGAAACUCGUGCAUGGAUCAGUACAGAAACACCGACACGAAUCUAUUAUCUGCCAUUAUAUCUACAAAUCGGUAUUGUUUUUGUGCUUUUCUGCUUAUCGGCACUUUUCUCUGGACUUAAUCUCGGACUUAUGGCUCUAUCACCACAAGAGCUGAUGCUCAUCCAGAAGUCAGGAUCAGCAAGUGAACGAAAUUAUGCAGAAACGAUUCUACCGGUACGCCAGUCUGGUAACUAUUUAUUGUGUACGAUAUUAAUAAUGAAUGUGGUCGUAAAUGCGGCUAUAUCAAUUCUAUUCGAAGAUAUGACUAGUGGAAUGUUAGCGUUCAUUAUUGCGUCGGUUGGAAUUGUGAUCAUUGGUGAGAUUAUUCCACAAAGUAUUUGUGUGAAAAAGGGUUUAGCGGUUGGUGCGUAUACAAUUUGGUUAACAAGAGCGUUUAUGAUUCUCACUUUUCCACUUUCGUAUCCAAUCAGUAAACUUUUGGAUAUAUUUUUGGGUGAAGAUACACCUGUUUAUGAUCGCAACAAAUUAAUUAAUUUGAUGAAAAUGACGACCAGUGAAGAAAAUCAAGAUCUAGCGGCUGAUCUCAAAAUUGCCGUCGGUGCGAUGGAAAUUUCCGAAAAAACUGUGGGUGAUAUCUUAACCAAAAUCGAGGAUGUGUUCAUGUUACCUGAAAAUAUUAAAUUGGAUGCAACGAAUAUUGCUGAAGUUAUUCGUCACGGUUAUACGCGAAUACCGGUUUAUCGAGGUGAGAAUCGUAACGAUAUUGUUUCGUUAUUAAUCGUUAGAGAUUUGGCGCUAAUAGAUCCGGAUGAUAAUUUUAGUGUAAAAAUGGUUUGUGAUUUCUAUAAACAUCCACUUCGAUUCGUCGAUCAAUCAACACCAUUGCAUUCGAUGCUUGAAGAAUUCAAAACGGGCGAUUAUCAUCUGGCUAUCGUCCUAUCGGCCACAAGUCGACUGGACGCGAAGAGCGGAAAACAGUGCAAAGAACCGAUUGGCAUUGUCACUCUCGAGGAUAUUGUCGAGGAAAUAUUACAGGCUGAAAUCGUCGAUGAAAGUGAUACAAUCACUGAUAAUGUUCAUCGAACGACCAGAAAAUACACCAAGGAACCAAAUGUGACAAAGAUUUUAAUGUUCGAAGAAAAAUGUAAUCCAUUAUCGGUGCAAAUGGAGGUGAUGACAUCACAUUUCUUGAGCAGUCACCAUGAAAUUUUUACGAGCGAUUACGUGCACGAACGAGCCAUUUCACACUUAAUGCGUAAAAAUAUCCGACAGAUAGAUUUGUCACAUUCUCCUCGUAUUUACGGGAAUAGAGCAAAGAAACAAGAAACAAUCGCCAUAUACCGUUCCAAUCAACCAUCGACUAGAUUUGUCGUGAUCUUGGAAGGGCGUGCAACGGUCAAAUUUCGUAAUAUGGAAUUCGAAGCAGGUCCAUGGAAGUGCUUCGGUACCGAAUUACUGGAUCAAAUUGAUGAGUUACUCAAUGAUGACUCUUUUGAAGGCACUCAGUGUGGUUUUUCUACCGGGUCAUCUUUGAUCACAACAUUGAUCAAUUCAAUACAGUUCACACCCGAUUUCGAUCUAAUCGUCACCGAAUUUUGUCGUUUCUUGCAAGUAACCGUGCCGGCCUACUUAAACGCCUAUCAUGUUACAUGUAUUGCACGAGCGGCACGUGAUAAGCAUAUUAAUAUGAUGGGUCCUCUAAUCAAGGCAUCGCUACGCUCAGAUAUUUCAGAUAGAAUGCAACGAGUUUCUGAAACACUUCUGAAACGAAACAGUUCAAAGAGCAGUUUCGACCCGCCGGGCAGUCGCAAGGAAGUUGUUGAAAAACGACGAUGCCAUAGUGAUUUUGGCAAACAUUUACCAUCUAUUUCGUCUAUUACCAAGCAAUAA